AUGAAAAAUUAUAGAAAGAGAUGUAGACCAAGAAAAGCAUGGAAUGAGAAAAUAAAUCAUAAGUCGAUCGGUCAAAUGAAAGAGGAAAAACAACUAAAAUGGUUUGAUCAGCUGCACAGAAUGGCCCCAGAGAGGAUAACAAAGAAGAUAGAGGAACCAAGAUGGUAUGGAAACAGAAAAUUGAGAAGGGCGAGAAAGAUUAUGGAAGAUAUAAUAAAGGAAAUAGCUCAAAAAAUAGAAAAAAACUACAACACAUAUAGAAUAAAAUGGAUUUAUAGAGAAAAAGAAGAAAGUAAUAUCAUAAUGAAGAAAUGUAUUAGACAUUUACGAUUUUAG